GAAGGUGAACCUCCAUCACCGGGGAAUCACAACGCUCCGGGAGCCGUUCCGCGCGCGGCGGCCGGCGGGAGGCGCCGCGUCCUUUCGUAUCGCCGCGCCGCCAUCUUGACAGACGGUGGGCGAGUUUGCGCAGCUCGGUUCGCUCUCCUGGAGGAGAUGAUGGAACCAGAAGCGUAGUCCUCGCCUCGCCUCGCCUCGCCUCGCUCCGAAAUACCCGAUACCGGAGCCACGAUAAACCGUAAGGGCUGACGAACGUGGCGCGGCAGAGAAUAACGGAGGGUAAGGCAACCGAGAGCACCACCCUCGUCCCUCAGCGAGAGGGAUCUCGACCUUGCACGGCGACUGCUGCUACCCACGCGCAGGGGCGGCUGAGGUCUCCAGUAGCCUUGGGAAGUAUGAGGGAAAAGCGUUUAAGUCGUGCUCUGAAACACAGAAGGGCGUCCCUCGCCGCCCUGCUCGAAGCCUCGCCCGUUCCCAUGCCGGACCCGGCCACACUGCUGUAGACGAGACCUUCCCGGCGCGCUUGGAAACCCCUGAAAUACAGACUUCUUAUCAGCAAGCUGAUGACUCUUGUUUCACUUCCUAUGGAAUUCACAGGCUCGUGUUAAGAAUUCCUUACAUCAAAAUGCAUAUAGUUACAACUGAAGGCCAGAGACGUGCUGUAGCAGACACAGACUUCAUGUCAUGUUGGCCUCCUGUUUAAAAGAAGGAAGGCUGGCAGUUUUAAAGGGACAGCAAGAAAGUGAUGACCAAGUGCCAAGUACCAGCUGUCCUUAUUCACCAGAUUGAAGAAGAAUUGGAUAAAGAAGAAGAUGAGAUGAUGAUUUUCCUGUGCCGAGACCUUGCCCCUGACUUGGCUACUGCUGGCCUUAGAGAGCUUUUGCUGGCUUUGAAUGAAAGGGAUAAACUAUCUCUUCUUGGUUUGUCUGAGCUGUUGUACAGAGUUAAGAGGUUUGAUUUGCUGAGGAGGAUCUUGAAGACUGAGAAGACAACAGUGGAAGCUAACCUUAGCAGGAAUCCCAGACUUGUCCCUGAUUACAGAGUACUAAUGGUGGAGAUUAAUGAGAAUCUGGAAAAAGAAGAAGUGAGUUCUCUUGUUUUUCUACUCAGAGAUUUUGCUCCUCGAAUGAAAAUGUCAAAAGAUAAGAGUUUUCUACGUCUAGUUAUUGAACUGGAGAAACUGAAUUUGGUGGCUCCAAAUCAACUGGAUUUGAUAGAAAACUGUUUCCGAAAUAUUCACAGGAUAGACCUAAUUAAAAAGAUUGAGAAGUAUAAGCAAGAAGCUUUCAUGUCCUCCGUUCAUUCUCAGCCUGUAUAUGUAAAUGCCCUUCAGGCAUCUCUCCCUAAUCUCAGUCUGAUUGAUCCUCCUUACAAUUCAGGGUUUCAGAAUGUGAACAAAGAAAAAUCACAAAAUGGAGAACUAUUUCAAGAAGAACCAGUCCACAUGUCUAUUCAAGAAUCAGGACCAGCAUCACAUAAGGUGUACAGAAUGCAAAGUCAGCCUUUAGGAGUAUGCCUGAUUAUAGACUGUAUUGGUAAUGACGCAGAUGUGUUGGAAGAGACUUUCAGAGGCUUAGACUAUGAUGUUCGUUGUCACAAGCACUUAGAUAUGAUCACCAUGAAUGAAACAUUGCUUGAAGUUGCAAGGUUGAAGAUGCACAGGAGUUGUGACAGCUUCAUAUGCAUAUUAGUCAGCCGUGGAAAUGCUCAGAGCAUCUUCUGUACAGACCCCAUCUCCACUGGAUUCCCUUUGGAGCAAAUAAAGAAGUACUUUAUGGCAGAUUCAUGUCCUGAGCUCCGAGGAAAACCAAAGCUCUUCUUUAUUCAGAGUUACAUUGUGCCAGAAGAUGAACAAGAAUUUACUAGUCUGGAAAUAGAUGGAAAUGGAAAUAAGAAAAUUAUCUCUAAUGCAAAAAUGCCCUUGAAAGACACUAUUCCCCAAGUAGCAGAUGUUUUUUGGAGUCAGUGCAAGGUGGAUGUGUCUAUACUAGAAAAAUCUUCAAUACCGUCCUCGUAUUAUCUUCGUUGUCUGGCUGAGCUACUCCGCAAUCCUCAUAAAAGGAAACUCUCUAUAUUAGAUAUCCAUACGGAACUGAACAGAAGAGUCUAUGAAUGGAAUAAGACAACUGACCCAAACCAGCAAUACUCACUUCUGCUCCAGCACACACUGAGGAAAACACUUUUUCUUUCUCCCAGUUAACUGCUAUUGGAAAGGACAUGUCUGACGUAGCUGAGGAAUGCUUCCUCUGGCUCAGUUGCAACCACACUUUUACUUAGACUUUAUUACUGCACAUGUGCCUAUUGCUUCCAAACCCAGGUAUUUAGAAGCAUUUUAGGGUGUUUAGGCACUAUAGAUUUUAAUAUGAAAGACUGAAAGCCUGGAUGGUAACAGCGGCUGUUGUAUAGAACGGCAGCAGAUCUUACAAGCAAGUGCAACAGGUAAACAGUGGGGAAAGAAUUCUAAACUGUAUGGUUGUUGGAUUUUCCAGGGUUCUGUGUUUUUGUUGUUUGGUUGUUUGUAUUUUAGUGAUCUUGAUGUAAGUGCACUGAACUAGGCUUUUCUUUUGUUGCUUAAAAAAAAGACAAGCCAGCACAAAUCAUUGAAAUCUAAUGUGCAAACCAUUGAAAUUCACUAAGUAAUUUCUUAUCACUUAAAACAUGUCAGGAGAAAUGCUUACUCAGCAUACCUCCACAGAAUUAAACAAAACAGAAGUAAGAGAGGGAUGGUCUUUUUAAAUAAUUUUGAUUCCAUUUGCUUUGUAUAUUAGAAGUUCUAAUUCACACAGAACUCUGUACUGUCAGUACUAUCCAUAGCACAUAAUGAUUGUAUGCUAAUAAAUCAGAGAGUCUGACAUGUUUUGUGCUGUGUUCACCACUGAUGCAAAAAUGACUCUACGUGUAGCAGGGCUUUGUAAUAGUCUGUGCAGAUUAGAAAAAUAAAUAGUGGGAAUUUGGCAGGUGUUCCAGGGAUGCUGAAAUGCAAUUCACUGUGUGGUACCAGGCAAAGUAUAAGUAUACUGUUUAACACAUUUAAACCAAAAUGUAGCAACCACUGCUUCUUAAGACUAAAUAAAAUUAUUCCAACACCCUCCCACACAUACCUCUUUUGAUUAUGGAAAAGGUUUAUCAGUUUAUUAACUGAUUUUGUUUUGUUUUUUAAGUUGCUCUAAUCUGUCAAGAAAAGGCAGUAGUGAAAGUUGUAGCUUUUUUUCCCCCUCCACUAGAACAUAUGCCUGACACAAAAAGUUCAGCUGAUCUGCUUGUUAUGUAACAGUAUAACCUGGAUGAUUUAUAUUGAAAUUUAAUGAGUUUAUAGCAUUCUCUUCCCUCUUCAUAUAGUCUACUUGCAAACUUUUAAUACUACUGUAGUUUCCUGAUGAGGAAAAAAUGCCUUUUCAUUCCUCAGUAUUAUGUUGUACUUCUAGUUGUUGGAUUUACAUCAUUUUUGAUAACCCCAUGUUUUAUUUUUUCUUUUAAAACAAUCUUUUUAUAUAUUAAUUCAGAUAAAUAGCAAAUGAGUUUUCAAGUGGCUUCUAUAAUUUUAAGUAAAGUCACAUUUAUCUGGUAUAGUAGAUGUCUAACUCCAUUAAGCUCACAGAAGUCCUUCCUUGUUACAUGGUAUAGGUCCAGUUUCUUCCUGGCUUGAGAGCUUCCUAAACUGCUGAUUGAGGAGAAACCCACUGAGCAGGUUUUACCUUACAAUCUUUCUUUAGCCAUCUAUAUAUGAUGUUAAGAUCAUAAUAUCCAUUUAUUUAUAUUAAUAUACAAUUUUGUAUGAUAUAUACAAAGUACAUUUUAUAUCAUUAACUGAAGUCUUCAAUUAUGUCUUUGUAAUUUUGUAAAUUUUAAAAAUUUGUUUUUGUAUCUUUUUUUGUGUUGAUUGUAGAAAGUGAAAUGCAUAAUUGUGAUGAAGAAUGUUUGCACAAAUUAGAAAAAUAUUUUGCUAUAUUACAGACCUAUAUAUAACAUACUUUUAUCUUUUCACUUAAUAAGGUAGUUUCCCUUUAAAAAAGAACAUGAAAACUUUUUAAUAGCUUUGAAUUGAAAAACCUGACUCCUAAUUGUAUCUUAAAUUAGGGAUAAGUGUAUUGUCUGUGCUACUGUAAUUUUUUGUAGGUAGAGGUAUAGGAAGACAAAGAUAGUAACAACUUGUUCUCUGUAAGCAUUAAUGUAGAAAAUACUAAAUCAAAUUUCAUUAUGUUAUAGGUCUGGAAAUAAAUGCAUUUAUACUUUUGAGUGGGAAGGUCAAUUCUUCCUUUCAGUUUCUACUUUAUAAGAAAGGGCCUGUUAAACUGGCUCUUUUCAUACACUAAUUCCAUAUUGCUUCUGUCUUUAAUGAUAGCUAAUGUCUUUAAAAAUAUGGUCUGAUGUAUUUCACACACAAAAGUAGAAAACUUAAGAGUUUUGCAUCAACAGAAGGGUCUAUAUUGUAUGUGAUGGUUAAUAAAAAUAGCCUUCACUUUUAACUCUGAAUAUUUCAUAACUGACUAGCUUACAAUAAAAUAUAGCACAAGUGUAAUUUUGAAAUUCCACCUUGCUCAUGUUCUUUCCAUAGCGUGAGAGGAUUAUAAAAUGACAAAUUUGGAGUCUUACUAGUUCCUAUUGUGACUGGUAAGGGAAGCAAAUGAUGUGGCAAAAAAAUAUAGACUCUUCUGUGGCUGUGUAAAUCAGGUUUGAUUCCUAAUUGUCAUAUAUAAGUAUGUGAUAUUAAUAAAUGUUAUUCCCUUCACAAAUUAACUUCAUUAUUCUUCCAUUUUCCUUACUAGCUUUUACAUGUGAUGAGUACUUCUGCUGCCAUAUAGACACCAAAUGCAGGGAAAAUGGAACCAAGAGAGGGCAGAGAGGAGGGAAAGAAAUAGUGACAAUUCAAGCAGAAAUGAAAAGGGAAGUGGUAGGUAUAACCAAGGGAAGAACACGUAAGGAAAAGAAGAUAUGGAGAUGUACAACAGCAGUAUUGGAAGGAGAAAAGAUAGGAAGUAAGAAUAACAGUGGAUAUUAUUAAAAGAUCUGAAAACUUUUUUUUUAGUCCAACUUUUUAGUAAAAUGUUAGUAAUAGGAUAUAUUCUGUUUCUUACGAGUUUAUGACAUGGGUUUGUGUUGAAGGUUGAGGUGUAUUCUCUGAUGUAGUGUAGUCCAUAUCCCCUUUCUUAGGAAAUAAAGGAAGAAGCACUGUUUUGAAAACAGUGGAGAUGCCUGUAAAUAACCCUUGUAAUAAAGAAAGGAAAGGAAUUGCUUUGUGUUUGGCUGCUUAGAUCAGAAUUGAUCACAGUCCUCUAAUGACCAAGGCAUUUAGGGGACGUGUCCUGUGUCAUGCAGCAUUCAUGGGCAUCAGAUACUGGAUUUAUACUCUGAAGUCUUGACCCUCAGCAGAUUCUUAACCCACACUAGUACACAUUCCAUAUUCAUUCAUCUAAGUAGCAUUUAUUGCCUUUGCUUUUCCUUCAAGAGUGAGUAAUUGAUUUCCUGGACUAAUGUGCAGGAAUUUUGCGGUGGCAGAAGUUGUCUAUAACCUCUCCAGUAGAUUUUUGUGCCCCUCCAUAUAUGUGGUAGGGUCUUUUUGUUCUUGCUGCAAUUUGAGUCUGGAAAUUUCAGGUGGUCUAGCUGAAUUCCAUUCAGCAGCUAAGAGAAAAGAGGGACAACAAUUCUGGAUCCAUUGUAACUCUGUUAGUGUAGGACCAUAGAAAGUGGCAGGUGCCAGUGGAGUUUAAUGGGCUGCCAAAACAUAUAGUUUUCUGAACCUGCUGUUGAACAAGGAUAUACAAGCUGUACUUCCUCUGCUUCUGCAUUGUUCCUGCUCAGGGCAAGGCUGCUGGACUCAUGGCUCCAUGGCAUAGCUUCAGUUCUGGUUUCUGAGAGCUGAAAAAUGUAGUAUACUUCUGUAUGUGUUGUAUGUAUGGAAUGGGGAAAAGAAUUGUCACAUGUAGAUGAUGCUUUCCCCCUGGCUCAGAAGAUGUAACCCUGAAGCAGGAGAUUCUUUGGUGUUUUACUCCAGUUUUGAGUAGCAUGAUUUUUCUGAGCUUUAUAUCUAGUUUACUUUAUACCAUUACAUAUUUGUGUCCUGAAUUACAAUCAAUGCCAGCUCGUGAUUCAGAAGUUGCAUUGAAGAGGAACUUUGCAGUGCUCACAGUUGAUGCACUACUCUGUCUGUAGUUGAAGAAGUAACAGUGACUCCCUGUAUGUUUGAGUCAGAGAAUCUUUACAUGACGCUUCCUGAGAAUGUUUUUGUGAUAUGCAUAGCUUUUAAUUUCUGACAUGCAGAAUGAUAUUGCUAUGAAGAUGCUGGUUGUGGUGGAUGAUGUGCAGUCUGUCUGCUGCGUAUGUGAUUGUUCCAUUUAAACUGUAUCUUCUGUGCUGAAUUAUUUGACAGCUCUGUAACUAUUACUGAAGGAUGUUUUCUCAGUUUCUGUGUUAGUCAAAAAAGUUGAAAGUAUUUUUGGACAUUUUGA